AUGAAGACCCCUGCCAUCCUCCUCCUCAUCCUGUCUGUCCUGUGCAGAACUGUGCUUGUGUCAACGAAGUCGGUGAAGCACACAGUGGAGGAAUGGAACAAAUACAGGAGCGAGUGCCUGCUGAGAAUGAGCACGGACCCCACACCCCCAGGCUUAUUCUGCGGCCGCAUGUUUGACAUGUACGCCUGCUGGCCGGAGGGCAUCCCCAACACCACCGUUAAAGUGCCCUGCCCGUGGUACCUCCCCUGGUACAACCAAGUUCGUAAUGGAUAUGUGUUGCGGGAGUGUGGGCCUGAUGGCCAAUGGGCCAUUAACAACACCAGUAGCACCUGGAGGGACCACUCCCAGUGCAACGCAGACAAUAACCAGCAGGUGGCACAGGAGAACCAGAUGGUGAUCUUGGCCUACUUCCGGGUGAUGUACACUGUGGGCUACUCUCUGUCCCUGGCCAGCCUUUCCCUGGCCCUCAUCAUACUGCUCAUCUUCAGGAAACUAAGGUGCACCAGGAACUAUAUCCACACCAAUCUGUUUGCGUCCUUCAUCCUGCGAGCCAUAUCCAUCCUCACCAGAGAUGCUGUUCUCACCAGGGACACCCCCGAGUUCAGAGACAACAGAGACGUGUCCAACGUCCUCAGUGAUCAGGCUCUCUCUGGCUGCCGUGUGGCCCAGGUGCUGAUGCAGUACUGUGUGGGGGCUAACUACUACUGGCUGCUGGUGGAAGGCCUGUACCUUCACAACCUGCUGGUGCUCAUGGUCUUCUCUGAGAACAGCUACUUCUGUGGAUACCUCUUCAUCGGCUGGGGAACCCCAGUGUUAUUUGUGGUCCCCUGGAUUAUUGUGCGGUACCUGUAUGAGAACGCACGGUGCUGGGAGAUCAACGAGAACAUGGCGUACUGGUGGAUCAUCCGCACACCCAUCCUCCUGGCCAUUCUGGUCAACUUUUUCAUAUUUAUUCGGAUCAUACAGAUCCUUGUCUCCAAAUUAAAGGCGCGCCAAAUGAGGUACACAGAUUAUAAAUUCAGGUUGGCUAAGUCCACUCUGACCCUCAUCCCUCUCCUGGGCAUCCAUGAGGUUGUCUUUGCCGUGAUGUCAGAGGAACAGACAGAGGGCAUCCUCCGAAAUAUCAACCUCUUCUUUGAACUUUUCUUCAAUUCUUUCCAGGGUCUCCUGGUUGCCAUCCUGUACUGCUUUGUCAAUAAAGAGGUGCAGUCAGAGAUAAAGAAGAAGUGGCAGCGAUGGAAGCUGGGCAUGACCGUCCUGGACGACCUUCGCAACACCGGCAGCAACACGCCACAGGGGGGCACCGGCGGCGGGCAGUGCCACCACGACCCGCCCUGCCAGCCUGACUGUCCACAGGAGGAUAUCCACAACCUCUCCUCGGACGCCUCCGCCUCGGAGCCGCAUGCCCACCCGCGCCCACACCACCACCCAGGGGCCAAGAAGGGCAAGGCCUACUGCUACAUUUCCGCCCGCAAGCAGGUGCUGAACGGCCUUGAUGGAACUCCGCUGGGCAACGGGGGAGGAGAAGGAGCCAUCAAAUACUCUGAGAGCUACUGCUGA